AUGACAGAAUCAUCAGCUUCAGCAUAUGGCGGGAAAGGCUCCCUGGUUCUUGGGGUUACUUGGGCCGAAGCGGGUCUGGCGUUGAUAUUGUUCGCAUUGCGAGCGAAAACAGCAUCCUUCUCUCCACCGGGUCAACCAUACUUUGGUGUUUUCGGCGUACGAUGGGACUUCAUUUGGGUGACUAUUGCAUUGGUAUUGGCGUUGUGUACGCAAUGUCUUAUGACUGUGAGCGUGAGGUAUGGCCUAGGAAACCAUCAAGACUUAUUAUCAGGCAGCAAUAUCGUACAAACCAACCUGUGGAGCUGGAUGGCACAGAUUGUAGCCAUACUUUGCCUCGCAAUCUCCCGGAUCGCAGUCGUCUCCUUCCUCCUAUCGCUUCAAGCUCGCACGAGGAGUAUCGGUCGUAUUGUUCUAUACGGAGUCGGAGCGAUACAGGGUAUCAUCAACGUGAUCGAGGUGGGCCUAAUCUUGAACCAGUGUGACCCAACAAAGAAGCUCUGGGAUCCAGACAUCCCAGGAACCUGUGAUAAGGUCCUAAUCUGCUCCCAGGUCGGCUUUCUACAGGGCAGCAUUGGUGCAGCCGCGGACCUUUUUCUUGCCUUUUAUCCGGUCUAUAUUAUCGGUCGAUUACAGCAGAUGAAGCUCACAACCAAGGUUGGACUUUGCCUAAUAAUGAGUGGGGGUCUAAUAGCAGGUAUCGCCGGCAUCAACAAAACAGUGGCCAUUGCCUCCAUCACGCACGAUGACCUCACAUACGCGAUUUAUAAACUAAACACCUGGGUGCUCACGGAGAUGUGGUUCAUCAUUAUCUUUGGGUCAAUUCCAGUCCUUCGUCCUUUCUUCGUUCGAUUUACGCAAGAUAUCAAGAGCGCUGCAGGCUACGGGCAUUCUCGAAGUGGUACGACUCCGUCGGACUACCUGAAUGACAGCCACAAUCGCCGUGAGUCCUGGAUACAGCUAGAUGACCAAUCUCAAAGUACGUGUGUGACACGUGUUUCGACCUAUGCCAAAGGGGCAUUAGAUGGACAUGGUAGGGAAAGUGACGAUACUAGUAUUAAGCCCCAGCAAUCCGGAAGACAGAUCCUGGUGACGAGACAGACCACUGUGGAGUCCGAGAGAUGUUAA